AUGACUCCCAGUUACCAUCAGGUGUCACCUAUGGUCAGGUCACGGUCAUGCAGCACGAACCGCGGGAGCAGUUAUCUCGGUGGCUAUGGUUAUGACAACAGAAGUUUGGUUAGGUAUUUUUUUUAAAUUUUUAUAAUUUACUGAUAAUAAGAGUAAAAUAUAUAUAUAUUUCUUUGAUUUACUGAUAAUAGGAGUAAAAUAUAUGUAAGCUUAUAUUAGAACUGAUGUUAUAGAGCUCAAUCAUUCACAGCAGCUAGCUCAGGAGGUUUUACCCGACCCAGUUAUGGUUAUGGUGGAGGUUUUAUGUCACGGUCAAUGACUCGGUCAGGUAAGAAUAAUUUUUUUAAAAUUUUUUUGUAAUUUUUUCUUAAAAAAGGAAAUUUUUUUCAUGUUAUUUGGCAUUUUUAUUUAAUAUAUAUUCUGUCAUUUUCAGUUUUUUUUAUUUGAGCGUAUAUUAUUUUGUUUUUUAUUUUUUAGUUUUAAAAAAUUAUCAUUUCGUUUAUUUGCCCGCGUAUUUUACCUCUAAAAAUUAUUACGAAAGACCAUUCUUUUCUCGUUUUCUUUUGGCCGGGAAAGAAGAAAAGCGAGCGCCGUGCCCUUUUGGUCAAACUGGUAGUGAGCGUUUCUCCCAUUCCGAUGGGGUUCGACUCCCGCUGUGUGCGAUGAAUUUAAAAUGCAAGGACGUAAUUCUGAAUACCCUUGAGGAACCUUUACUUCUGAGCACUUUUUUUUCGUUUUGAUGUCUAGAAUAGCAUAAUUUGUCUACAUUUAUCAAUUUUAGUGGUUUUAUUGCGAAUUUUUGUGGCUAAAGUGGCCAACUUGAUACAUUAAUUUAAAGCUCUUGAGAAUUUUACUAUAGUAAGAUACGGUUGAUUUAUGUUUUAUAUAAGCAGUAUUAUUUUAGGUUCAAAUCUGUUUGGUCGAUCUCUAAGUGCCUCUGCUUUGGACAGAACCCCUCCCUUCUCGAACGUCGGUGUUCAGCGAUCUACCCCACAUUACUCAGACAAAUACCCAUAUGUCAGAUACUCUUACGGUAACACUGACACUGCUCUCUCAGUCAAAACACAGACUGAAUUGGUAUGUUUUGUAAAAUACGUUGUUCAAAAUUACCAGAAAGAAUCUUUAAAGUAUUCAAAUAGCCAUUUUUAUCAGCUUUUUUUGAAAAAGUAUACUUACUGUAACAUGAAAUUGUAGAAAAACCCUUCAGUGUACGGUAUCAAAGACACAGGUACGAAGAGAUGGCUGGAGGGCAAGUUGAAUGCAUAUAACACUGGACUCUUCCAACGGCCACCCCCAUCGCGACCUGAACGACCAUUGGCACCAGUGAGGAGUUAUGUGAGGUGAGUAAAAUACAAAAAGUAUAGAAAAACCUAUAUUUUUAGGUAAUAUUUGCAAUCAAAAACUAGCUUUAAAUCUAUUUCUUUUGACUUUACAUCAUUAUUUUGCAGAUACAUGGGACAAGACGACGCAGUAGACAUGUACAAGAACAAGUACAUGACCGUAGGCACUUUGUCCAAGUACUGGCUCUCUCCCACCACCGCUUCUUCACGACGAGACCGUGACCUGAAUGUGAGUUCGGCGACAGCCUCGAGCAACUACGGAUCCUACUCUUCACGGUACGCUACUCGACCUACCUACUACUCCAAGGUGGCCAGUCGGCUGUAUUAG